CAAAAACACUUUCGAGAUUCUCUGAGAGAGCGUGACGAAGGCUGCGCCAUUACGGGAUACAAGAUGGUUGAACUUGCAGGACUUCACGCGGCGCAUAUCUUUCCUGUUGCAAGGCAAGCCAGGUGGAACGCGAAUAGCUAUGCUACAUGGAUCUCGGAUACCUCACCGGGGCUAAACGAUGAGCCUCCUCUUCUGGAAGGGACCGGAAGAAGAUAUAGAGGGUUUAUACUGGGCUGUUUACGCCAUUGUUAUGGAGAAGAAGCCUGGCUGUUAUGCGUGCUUAUAUAUUAGGUCUGGGAUUGAUGUUGAUCAGGUAGCGACAGUGAUAGUAAUAGCGAUAGUGAGAG